AUGUUUGCUCCAGCCUUCUUUACCGCACUCCUCGCGUUCAUUGCAGUUGUGCAUGCCGAUCCGACGCCGUCUGACCCUAGUCCUGGCGAUGUGUUCAACGAAGGAGCGAGCUGUCACAUCGACUGGGACGUGGAUACCACGGGCAUUUGGACCGUCAUGAACAUCGAGCUCAUGUCCGGGAACAAUGAAGAGAUGCAGUAUAUGACUACGGUGGCAACUGUAAAUGGAGCUGAUCCUAAAAAAACCGGCUUUGAUUACACUUGCCCGAGCGUAACUCCGAACGCCCCGAUUUACUUCUACCAGUUCACCACUCCGUAUUCGAACACGUCCCACUGGACAGGUCGCUUCGCCAUCGCAGACUCGUCUGGGAAGACAGUGCCUGCGGCGAACAGCACUCAGCCGGACGGCAGCGCGAUCCCUUGGGGCAUUGGCGCGCUCACUGGUCCGUCGAGCGCCGUCCCCGAACCCUCUGCGGGCCAAAGCAUCGGCGGAGCCCAAGCCAUCGCGUCUGGAUCUCCUAGCAGCACACCCUCCUCCAGCGCCUCUGCCAGUACCUCCGCGCCCAACUCGAGCUCCAGUCCGCCCGCUUCGAAAUUGGGCAUGUUGACCGUGUCCGGCGCGAAGCCCUCAGGCUCUUCCAGCACAUCGCCCAGCUUGCCCUCCGGAUCUAGCACCACCAAUGGUGCAGGCGGGCUCGAGGUGAACAGUCAUGUCUUCCACGCUGCCGUCGCGCUCGGCGUCGCGGCGCUCACGUUCUCCGUGGCAUUGUAA